GGUUUUUCGGGUUGAUCUGACUUCUUUUGGUCGCUGUGAGUUCACUGCUGUGAAUCGGAGGAGGAGGGGGGGGGUUAAAUUGCCAAAUUUCUCACGAUAGGAAACACAUCCGGAGUCUCGACGAUCGUAAUUUAAAGCACCUUUUACCUUUAAAGAAACCGAGUUUUAUUAAUAUAAUUUUUUAUUACUAUUAACUUAUUCUAUUUAGCUUAGUUUAUGCUUUACGUUAACACUCUGGGAGGGCAGAAAUGGCGGCCAACAUGUACCGGGUCGGAGAUUACGUAUUCUUUGAAAACUCCUCCAGUAACCCUUACCUGAUCCGCCGGAUAGAAGAACUCAACAAGACUGCCAGUGGGAAUGUGGAGGCCAAGGUGGUUUGUUUCUACAGAAGAAGAGACAUCUCUCACAGCCUCAUCCAGCUCGCAGAUAAGCAUGCAAAGGAGUUGGAAGAGGAGAAGGAGAACCCAACGGAGAUAGAUCUAACAGACAAACAGAAACACCAGCUUCGCCACAGAGAGCUCUUCCUCUCCCGACAGUACGAGAGUCUACCUGCGACACAUAUCAGGGGGAAGUGCAGUGUCGCUUUAUUGAAUGAGACUGAAUCCGUUCUUUCAUACCUUGACAAAGAGGAUACCUUCUUCUACUCACUGGUGUACGACCCGACACAGAAGACACUGCUGGCUGACAAAGGGGAGAUCAGAGUGGGACCUCGCUUUCAGGCAGAUGUACCUGAAAUGUUACAAGAGGCAGGUGAAGCAGAUGACCGGGACCAGUCCAAACUAGAAGAGAAGCUCUGGGAUCCAGAUUGUCCUCUUACCAACAAACAGAUAGACCAAUUCUUAGUGGUAGCACGGGCAGUUGGGACUUUUGCCCGAGCAUUGGACUGCAGCAGUUCAGUUAGACAGCCAAGCUUACACAUGAGUGCAGCAGCAGCCUCACGAGAUAUCACUCUGUUCCAUGCGAUGGACACGCUGCAUCGCCAUAAUUACGAUCUGUCCAGUGCGCUGAGUGUGCUGGUCCCAGCGGGUGGCCCAGUGCUCUGCAGGGAUGAGAUGGAGGAGUGGAGCGCCUCGGAAGCCGCCAUGUUCGAAGAAGCAUUAGAGAAAUAUGGAAAGGACUUCAACGACAUCCGACAAGACUUUCUGCCAUGGAAGUCUCUGACCAGUAUCAUAGAGUACUACUACAUGUGGAAGACCACAGACAGAUAUGUGCAACAGAAGAGACUGAAGGCAGCUGAAGCAGAAAGCAAACUGAAGCAAGUUUAUAUCCCGACAUACAACAAACCCAACCCCAACCAGAUCUCCAUGACCAAUGGUAAGAUGGCAACGGUGAAUGGAGCUGGCCCCGGGGCUUACCAUGCAGCAGGAGGGGGCAGAGCCUGCGAGAGCUGCUACACCAUGCAGUCAGCCCAGUGGUACUCCUGGGGGCCUCCGAACAUGCAGUGCCGCUUGUGUGUUUCCUGCUGGAUGUACUGGAAGAAGUACGGUGGUCUGAAGAUGCCAAGCAGAGCUGAAGGCCCUGAGGAGAGGACCUCCCCCAGUCCAGCAAGCAAUGACUCUCGCUCGAGGGGUCACGCUCCGCGCCAGUCCAACCACAUGGUGCCGAUGCGAAACAGCGGCAGCCCCAAGUCCUCCAUGAAGACCAAGCAGGCUUUCCUGCUGCAGGCCACCCGCCUCACCAAGCUGGCCCGGCACAUGUGCCGUGACAUCAUCAGGCUGCGCCGUGCUGCGCGCCGACCCUUUGUCCCCAUUAACUGUGGGGCCAUAAAGGCAGAGUAUAUGUUAAGGGUGUCGGAAGGGCAGGGGACCCGCCUUCCCAAAACCAGAGCCGCCCAAAGGAGCACUCUGACCAGUGUUCUGCAGUUUCUAGAGUCCCGUCCGGCAGCCCACACCCCUCGCUCCCACCGCACACCAGGCCUGCAGACGCCUCCACCUCGUCGCCUCCUCUCCUCUCUCCCACACGGCCCCCAUGGCAUGCUGGGAAAACGCAGCUACCAUCACCACAGCAGGGCUGAGCCAGACAGGCGCACAGAUAACCCAGGUUCAACAGGUGGCCCUCUCAUGCAUAAUGGCCGCAAUAGCAGCAGUGGAAAUACUAGGGGUGGAGUGAUGAUUCGCAAGAGACGCCCCAACUGGAUCGAUGCCCCUGAUGACAGCUUCUUCCUUGUCACCCGGGAAACCAGGAGGGCUCGACGGCUGCUGUCACGUUCCCAGCUGAGGCAUGCUUGCCGGCAGCCAUGUGAGCAAAUCACCCUGCGCAGGGCCUCUCAAGGUCCUCCACAGGGACUCGUCCUUGCUCCUCCACACCCUCAUCCCAGCCUGAGGAUGCGCGGCCCCAUCGUCAUCCAUGACUGAUUGGAUACAGGCACUCUGACCUCCACACCCCACCUGCAUCCAGGCUAAUAACAUUAUAUCCUCCUGUUUUUUCAGUGAAUCCUCUUUUAUUAUCCUAUAAAUGCGAUUAUAACCCCGUCAACACUUAAGCUGUUCGGCAACAGAAGGAUGUGAUGAUGAUGCAAUAGAAACAUAAACCUGACUGCAAGUGCUGCCCAUUUUUGACCCCCAUCUGGGAAUGUGUUUGUAUUUGUAUAUAGUGUAACUGGGUGCAUGUGAGUGUGUGACCUGAGAGUGUGUAUGUGAGCCAUCAUGCCAACAACACACAGGGGAACAAGGGGAUGUGUGCUGUUUUUAAUUUUUAUGGCUAAACAUAAUGAUGGAACUUUUGUGUGACCUUGGUGUUGAUGGUGAAUUAUUGUGAAGUUUCAUCACUUUGUAUAAAGUUAUUUUGGGAGGGGACUUGAUUAGGCAAGGGUGGGAAGGGAGGGGGGAGGGACUGUGGCGAAUGAGUCUUUUAACUUUGGAGAAGAGACAAAUGUCCAGCGCUGACAAAAAAAAAGAAAAAAAAGAAGCACCACAAUGAAGCUGAAGCGGUCAUUUAAGAAACGGCUGCUUUAAAUUGUGUUUUACUUUAAUAUUUUCAUCUUGAGGUCUUAGUAGAUGAGCAGGAGCUAGUGAUGAAAAAUAAUCACCUGCGGACACUAUCUAUCAAAGCUCUUCUGACCCAAAAGAAAGUUGUCAUUUUCUCAUGUUGAAUAUGCAGGUUUGAAAAUAUAAAAAGAAACAGGGAGCCAGCUUGCAUCAGACAGCAUUAGCCUCCCACACGAACCAGUGUGUAAUAUAUUGUAAAUCUCAUUGCAGCACUGUAAAUUCUUCUCAUUGUAUUUCUAUGGCUACCUAGCCCUAAAAUGGGUACAAAAGCACUUCCUUUGCAGCAGAAAAGGGCAUGGAUCUGUCAUAUUUCCCUCAAGGAUGAGACCUAACUGCAACUUUUAGAGGUGAAUUAAAUAUGUGCAACUUUGCCUGCAGUUUUUUGGCUACUUCCAGACAGUAUCCGUUUUCUUUGCAGUAUUUUAUCUAUAAAAUUACAUCAGGUUUUCUCUGUUUUUACACCUCUCUUCUCCUCUAAAAGUUGUUAGUUACCCUGUCCAGCCUUUGGGUGUGUUUAUUCUAAGUUUUAAAACUGGCAUCGCCGCCGCAUGUCUUUGACCAAUGGGUCACUUGUUUUCUUCUAUUUCAUUCAGAAUGUUUAUGUUAGUGUUUCCUGUCUGUCAUGUGUUAAAUUAUGAAUAUGCUGAAAAUAAUAAAAGGAAAACCAA